GAGGGAGAGAGAGAAAUCAACUGUCUACUUUACUGUUUCUUCUCCGAGAACAAACCCUCGAAUCAAAACCCCAAACCCUACCUUUUUCAUCACACUAGCCGGAAAGUGAAAGAGGGAGAGAAGAGAGUGAGAGGGAACAAUGGGAAUUCUAGUAACACCACUCAGUGGUGCUUACAACGAAGACCCUCUUUCUUACCUGGUUUCAAUAGAUGGUUUCAACAUAUUGAUCGAUUGUGGUUGUAAUGAUGUCUUCGAUACCUCUCUACUAAAACCUCUUUCUAGUGUAGCUUCCAAAAUAGAUGCAGUUCUGUUAUCGCAUCCAGAUAUACCGCAUCUUGGGGCUUUUCCAUAUGCCAAGCAUCAUCUUGGACUCACUGCUCAAGUUUAUUCUACUGAACCUGUUCGGAGACUAGGCCUGUUGACCAUGUACGAUCACUAUUAUUCACAAAAGCAAGUUUCAGGUUUUGACCUGUUUUCUCUGGAUGACAUUGAUUGUGCGUUUCGAAGUAUUGAGACACUGAAAUAUUCUGAGAAUCAUCACCUGACUGGUAAAGGAGAAGGAAUUGUUAUUGCUCCUCAUGUAGUGGGGUAUCUAUUGGGCAGUACAGUCUGGAAAAUAACAAAAGACGGGGAGGAUAUAAUAUAUGCUGUAGACUUUAAUCAUCCAAAACACUUGAAUGGAACUGUCUUAGAGUCAUUUGUGCGGCCAGCCGUUCUGAUAACUGAUGCAUACAAUGCUUUAAACAAUCAGCCUCCUCAUAUACAGCAAACUGACGAAAGGUUCAUAGAAAAAAUUUUAAAGACCCUUAGAGGGGAUGGAAAUGUACUGCUUCCUGUUGAUACAGCAGGGCGGGGUUUGGAACUUCUUUCGAUCUUAGAACAGCAUUGGUCACAGACUCAUCAGACGUACCCGAUUUAUUUUCUUACACAUGUCUCUCCGGAUAGGAUUGAGUAUGCAAAGAACUUCCAUGAGUGGAUGAGUGACUCAAUUGCAAAAUCUUUUGAAGACGCACACGGAAAUGCUUUUCUUUUGAAGCAUGUUACACUCAUGAUUAACAAGAGUGAGCUGGAGAAAGUACCUGAAGGCCCAAAAAUUGUUUUAGCUUCAAUGGCUAGCUUGGAAGUGGGAUCUUCUCAUGAUAUAUUUACUGAAUGGACAACUGAUGCUAACACUCUUAUUCUUUUCACUGAGAGAGAGCAGUUCGCAACGUUAGCUCGAGCGCUUCAGGCUGUUCCACCUCCUACAGCUGUUAAGGUUACUACGCGCAAUAGGGUUCCACUGGUAAUAGAAGAGUUAACAGCUUUUGAACAAGAGCAGCACCGAAUAAAUAAUGAAGAAGCACUUAAAACUUGUGUAAGCAACGCUGAAGAUGCAAAAGCAUCUAAUGGAUCCGAUGUUAAAGAAGGUGAUCCCCUGUUCAUUGAUGCAUCUAACGCCCAUGCUUCAGCUGAGGUGGCUAUACCAAAUGGUGCUGCUCAUCAAGACAUCUUUAUUGAUGAAUUUGUUUUUUCUGACAAAAUUGGUUGCUGCGGCGAUUGUCUUAUCAAGGUAGAGAAGGUUGGGGGAGAUUUAGAUGGCAAACUUGAUGAAGUAGCAGCAAACCCAGUACUUGAUUCAAGACCUUCAAAAAUUGUUUCCAAUGAAUCGACGGUGCAGGUGAAUUGUUCAGUGGUUAACAUGGACUUCGAGCGUCGUUCAGAUGGCAUGUCCAUUAAAUCAUUCCUAGAUCGUGUCGCUCCUCAAAAACUUGUCUUGGUGCAUGGAUCAACAGAGGCUACUCAGCACUUAAAGCAGCACUGCUUGAAGAAUGUGUGUCCCCACGUCUAUGCUCCCCAGGUUGGAGAAACAAUUGACGUCACCACAUAUUUAUGUGCUUACAAGGGUUAUACUCGCGGCACGUUACUCGUUGGUGUCAACAUAGACAAUAACACAGUUGUAUUAGGCUGUGAAAGCAGGUCAAAUAGGCAAAUUGCUGAUAACGAACUAGGUCUGAACAUUGAGACAGAAGGUUAUGGUGAAGAUAGAGUUGAGAUCACGAGGAUUAAGUAUGCCAUUGAACCUCAUUAUGCCAUUACUUGCGCUGGACCUAUUGAGGCGUUGGAAGGCCUGUACAGUGAUAUGAGGAAGACAUCAUCGUUCCUUGAAGAUACACUUGAGGUCCCAGUGAACAUAUGCCAAGUAGCUGAGACUCUUCGUUCUUCUUUGGUAAGGAAAGAGAGUCAGAUUGUUGAUGUCGAAGAUUACAAGUUUCUUAUGGUGGGUACUCAGCAUGAUAGGGUUGACAACCCUGGCCGAGGAUUGUUUAGCGUAGACCCUGGUCUACGUUUACUCAGCGUAGAUCGUCAUAGUGGAGUACGUGAAAUACCUCCACGGUCAUUUGCAUCAAGAGGUAUGGGAACUGCACUGGCAGAUAGUCUUUUAGGAGACCUCAAUUAUGACGAAACUCCCGAGGCAGUGGCAGGUAAAGUUUAUGAUGUUAUAUAUAGAGUUAGUGAGGCAGAGCCGUACGUUGGUGGAGAUGUAACAGUAAUUAUCUAUCGAUUGGGUUUACCACCUCAGAUACAGAGAUAUCCUCAGAGAGAGUUCACGCUCAAAUAUUGGGAGAAGAAAAGGGUGCAGGAGCUCUUAGGUAAAGAAAUAUUUGAAGUCGCACGCGAGGCAUUACUGCAAGUGCAACCGGUGCAGGGACAUUAGCAGCCGAGAAAUGUGUGCAGUGGGCAUUGUAGGUACAAAUUGAAGACAUCAAGUUUCUGACAUAAGUAAGGAAGUUGUUUUUAUUCUGAAUCACAAGCCAUCAAGUUGUGAAUGGAGAGCAAAACCAAUAUUAGGUAAUGUACAUUAUUAACUGAUGUAUUGUUGGGUAAUGUUCAUAUAAUGAAAUAUUGGCCAUGAGAUCUUAAUGGUGAAGCAGACAAGUUGGCGAUUUGGAGUCCUGCUAAGUAAGGUUUUCUUUUGUAGAAAAUGAUCCCCACCAUCAUAUUUUUAAACGUAAAAUGAUGGAGGGCGUCGAAAAAUAUAUAAAGAUUAUGAUUGUAUAUCUAGUUGUAAACACACUUAUG